AUGGUGGAGAUGCUGCCAACUGCCGUUCUGCUGGUUUUGGCAGUGUCUGUGGCUGCCAAAGAUAACAGCACGUGUGAUGGCUCCUGUGGGCUACGCUUCCGGCAGAACCUUCAAGGCAGCCUACGCAUCGUUGGAGGGCAGGCUGCGCUCAGUGGGGCCUGGCCCUGGAUGGUCAGCAUCCAGUUCUUCACCAUCCACAACAGCCGACGCUACCACGCAUGUGGGGGCACGCUGCUCAACUCGCACUGGGUGCUGACCGCUGCGCACUGCUUCACCCACAGAAAUAAGGUCUACCAGUGGCGGCUGGUGUUGGGGACGAGAGAAGUCAUCCAUGGGAACAACAUGGCUCUGAAGCCGCCUGCACAGGAGAGGUUCGUGGAGAAGAUCGUCAUCCACGAGAGGUACAACUCCAGACAGGAACGCAAUGACAUUGCGCUCGUCAAGGUCACCCCUCCAGUGUCCUGCGGCUCCUUCAUUGGACCAGCUUGCCUUCCUCGCUUCAAAUCGGGGCCUCCCACAGUCCCCCAGUCCUGCCGGGUAACUGGUUGGGGAUUUGAACGUGAGAAAGCCCCUAGGACUUCACCUAUACUGCGGGAAGCCCGUGUGAACCUCAUUGAUCUCGAUUUAUGUAACUCGACUGAAUGGUAUAAUGGGCACAUUCACUCAACCAAUGUGUGCGCGGGGUAUCCUGAAGGCAACAUUGACACCUGCCAGGGGGACAGUGGCGGGCCACUUAUGUGCAGAGACAAUGUGGAAAACGUCUUCGUGGUCGUGGGAAUCACAAGCUGGGGGGUAGGCUGUGCCCGUGCCAAGCGUCCUGGUGUCUACACAUCUACCUGGUCGUACCUGGACUGGAUUGCUUCCAAGAUUGGUUCUAACGUCUUGCACAACAUUCAACCUGGUACCUCUCCAUCUCCUACUUCUCAGCCAUACCUUGUUCGGCCCCCUAGUACCAGGCCUGCCUCUGCUCGUCCUCCUUGGUAUUACCAACAUUCUCCUCAACUCCUAUUCCAAAACCGACCUAGACCCCAAAAUCUGCCACCAAUCCGGACCCCACCCCCACCUCUGCCUCCACCCCCACCUCCACCUCCAGCACCUCUACUUUCACCCCCUGCUCCACCUUCUAUUACAAUUCCCCAAGAGCUUUCUUUUGCAAAGCGCCUACGAUUACUCAUAGAGACACUGAAGAGUAAGAGCUUUUAUGACUUGGAAGAAAUAUACAUCUCGGAAACCAGUUCCUCCAAUCCGACUUAG